UCAGUUUGACAAUUGACAGUUAAAUUUAGAUGUUUGUUUCGGAAGCGUCUUACAGUGUUUGUAUUAAGAUAUAUCUGGAAUAACUGUAAAUAACCACAACAUAAAUCAGUUAACAUUGAUUUCAAUUAUCGCAAAGUUUUUCAACCACCAUGUCUCAAAGGGAAAGACGUUCGAAUGCGGGUAAUCGCAUGGCCAAACUAUUAGAUGAAGAAGAAGAGGAUGAUUUUUAUAAAACAACUUACGGCGGCUUCGAGGAAGUGGAAGAAGACCGGGAUUACCAACAAGAAAAGGAAGUAGAAGAUGAAGUGGAUUCUGACUUUGAUAUUGAUGAGAAUGAUGAGCCGGUAUCAGAUCAGGAAGGAGACGAAAAAAGUAAACGGAAAGUUGGAACAAAGGCAUAUAAGGAUCCUAAUUAUAGAAAAAAGAAAACAGAUAAAAUUAAAAAGCCUGUUGCAAAAAAACCUAAGGAAAAAGACGAAAAGACUGAGAAAGUUGAAAAACCUGAAAAAACAGAAAAACCAGAGAAGCCAGAAAAAUUUCUAGACACUACGAUAGAAAGAAAAUCAAUCAGACAAAGUACAGCAGUGAAAUCAGCAGAAACACAACAGCGGAUAAAAAUUCGAUCGGAAUUAAAGAGAAAGAAACCGAAAAAAGUGGAAGAAAAGAUGCCGACCCAAGAGGAAUUACUGGAGGAGGCUAUUAAAACUGAAGAAGAGAAUCUUAAAAGUCUAGAGAGAUUUGAACAAAUAGAGCUAGAAAGGAAGAAGAUACGUCCUAUUAAGAAAACUAUUACUGGACCAGUUAUAAGAUAUCACUCGUUUGCCGUCCCUGUAAAAGUGAACCCCGAAGAUGACAAGUCUAGCAUACAGACGAUAGGACAACUCAACCUCAGCGACAUUAUUAAAACAGAGGAAGAUCUCUUAGCAGGUGAGUUAGAAGACAUACAAGAACCAAAGAACGAAGUCACAGAACAGACAGGCAAAACGGAAGAAAAUGCAAAUACCAAAAUGGAGUUAGAUGUUAUCGGUCCCGAUGAGGAUAUUAAACUGGACGAUGUUAAACCGAAAGAAGAAAAACCUAAAAUAAAGACUUCAAAUGUCAAAUACUACGAGAGAACUUUACUAUCGUUUGAGAAUGACAUAAAAGAUGAGGCGUUCAACUCUUGCUUCCCGAAGUCUCAACCAAAGAGGAAACGGCAGAUGCUGUGCGCUGUAACCAAACGUCCAGCACGCUACAUAGAUCCAGUGACGAAACUUCCGUACCGAAGCGUGGAUGCGUUCCGUAUCAUUCGCGAGGCGUACUACCAACAGUUAGAAGCCCGUGGCGACCGCACCGACCCACAGCUCGCCGCGUGGCUGCAGUGGCGACGCGCAGACGCACCUUCCUCAUACGUCCAGAUACACAUUAAAUGAUAUUAAACGAACGUGGCAUUGGCCACGAGAGACUAUUAAUCUGUGCAUAGAUAUAAAUGUAAAAAUAGCUGAACAAAAAAAAUUUUUUUUUGCAAAAUUUGUCUUUCAAAUAUGUCUCUCUUUUUUUAAACAUUAGGUCCAUAUUGUAAACGCAUGAGUGUUCAUCUUAGGUAUAAUUUGUACAUAGAUAUUGUAUUUAGUGUAAAUGUAGGCGAACAUAAGAAGAAAAUUAGGAAUUAUUAUGUACAGCAAGAAUAUAAAAUUCGCUUUAUAUGAUUAGUGCCUGGUAGACACCUAAUUGAAGUCAAUACACCAGUGGCGAAAGGUGAAAUUUUCCGAUAGAGAUCCCGACUGCAAAUAUGUACUAAUAUGCAUAAAUGAGGGAUGCAUGUCAUUGUAAUGAUAAUAAGAUUCUAUAUAAAUUGUACAUAACGACGGUCCCCAAGAACAAAAUCUCAUCUGCAAAAUGUCUAGUUGCAUUGUGAAGGUUUUAAGUUAAGUGAAAAUAUAAAAAUCGAUUACUCACCUCAAAAUCGAAAUUAAAUAAUUUUUAAUAACCCUUAAAUUUUUGAUAACAAUCAAUAGUUUUGCAAUAACUAAUUGAUAUUUAUUUUAACUUAACUUGAAACCUUCAUACUGCAACUAGACAUAUUGUAGGUUACAUUUUUUCUUGAGGACCGUCGUUAAAGGGAAGCCGGCAGGAAUCGGGAUAUAUGCACCUUUAGCCAUUGAUACACACUCUUUACAAUGCAACAUCAGCUCAAAUUAUCAAUUAGUCACAUUGCUGUGAUGUGUUGGUUAUUGGAGGUAAUUAGAUGAAAUAGGUUAUUCACAGGCGCUACAAUUGUAUACAGUAAUAUAAAUUAAUUAGCUUGUUCAUUUAUUAUUUAAUUAUUUUUUUACUUUGAAUGUAAUGUGUCGAAAAUUUAUACUUAGUUGUUAGUAUUAUUACGAUCAAAUACAGUAUUAAAUGAAGAAA